AUGGCUGUCAGGCAGCUCCUGACAACUCUCCUAGGCCUUGUCUCUGCGGUGAGCGCAACUGCCUUACCCAAAGCAUCAUGCUCUCCUCAAGAUCUCCUCAACGAAGCUCUUGAGGCACUUGGAGGCGAAGACAAGAUUGGAGAAAUCAAGGGGUUGACCUACCACUCCCCACGAAUAUUCCGCUCCCGCAGCCUUAUGCAGAGCUACGAGCUCACGAGAGCCGACACCUACGUCGCAACGUCCGGCUCGCAGAACAUCUCCUUUAGAGUGGACCAGGGGUUCCUGGAGCAGCGGAUCGACCGCCGUCUUGUUCCCUCGAACCAUUGGUAUUGGGGAUCACAGGAGCUCAAGCCUCUUGAAUUUUCCCUGGUUGUGAACGAGGGCAAGGAUGGGUUUGCUUGCUAUGUCAAGGGAAACAACCAGAUUUACCUCCCUCAGGAGCUUGCCCCUGGUUACACUGACUCUGCCCUGACCUACAACCUUGUCGUGCAGGCUCAGAUGUUCUCGCCUCAUCUGAUCUAUCGUAUGAGGGAUACCAAGUCGAUUUCAGCCAUCGCGGUUGAUAUCAACGGAAUCGAGUUCCCAGCUGUCCAUGAUCCCAGCCGCGAGAUCACAGUCAUCCUUGACCCCAAGUCCAAGGUUCCCUACAUCAUCCGCACAGCUGAGCAGCACCCCAUCUAUGGGGAGUCCACCAAGGACCUCUACCUCUCCGACUACAAGAAGGUCAAGGGCAUUCAGUUCCCCCACCUCGUGCAGACCAUCUACAACUCGACCACCCAGAACCUCAACCAGGUGCUCGAAGACUUUAUCAUUGAAGAGGUCAUCCUCAACCCCAAAUUUCCGAAGGGUUUCUUUGACGGCAUCGAUGAAGGGAAGAGCUUUGCCCCCAAGGCUGGACCAAAGAAGAUUCCCGGUGUUCUGGAUGGAGUUGUUACCGAGUUCAACACCAACAUGCUCGGAACCGCCUUCAAGAACGCCAGCAUUGAGAACCUCAAGGUCGAGACCCCGCUCAAGGAUCUUCCCUACGUUCACUGGGUCAUUGUCGACGAUGGCGAUGAGAUGGGUGUCAAGCAAUUGGUCAUCGAGUUUGAGAACGAGGUUAUUGUGUGCGAUGCACCCCCUCAGUGGAGCAAGGCUGUGAUGCAGUGGGUUGCUGAGAACCUGAAGAAACCCAUCACUCACGUCGCGCCCACUCACCACCACGGUGAUCACGCCGGAGGAACCGCCGAUUACGUUGCUGCUGGCGCCAAGCUCAUCGUGCCCGAGAUGGCCGUCGACUACUGGUCCAGCAUCCCUGGUGCUACUUUCGUCACCUUCAACCAAACCCACCCCUAUGUCCACCGUGACAACAAGAUCCAGGCAUGGUUCAACUGGGAGCAGCAGGCCGUUCAUGCCGCUGAUUGGUCAUAUGUCACCAUCACCGAGAGAUGUCCCACCGCCAACUCUACCAUAGUCGCCUUUGAGGCCGAUGCUUGGGAGGCGGGAUUGGAUGCCGAGAUUUCCAACCAGGGUCUGAUGCGACAGUGGUUGAACCAGAUCCUCGCUGAUGGCCUGAGCCGCGAUGCUAUCGUCUUUCCCGCUCACGGCAAGGUGACUCCCCUGUCUGAGCUGAUCAACAUCACUGCCUUCCCUUACCCCGACUUUGACGUCACCCACUGGAAGCAGGGAGCGGCUCUGUGCUGA